CCUUUUCGUUUUAUCUUUUUCUCCUCAUCUCAACAUGAACAACAAUGUAGCUUUUCUAUUACGUAAACGGUCUGUAAAAGCUUUAAUUGCUCUCCUCUUGAUAUGCAGUAGUAUAUUCUGUCUUAUUUCUGUUCAACCCACACUGGUGACAGAUUUUGGCUACUACACAAGGCCGUUCUGGGACCGAGAUCCUAAUUCGUUCAACAUGAUUCCUCAUUACUACGCAGAAGAUGUGCCAUUGCAAGAUCUAUGUCAACUUCACGGCUGGAAACUUAAAAGUGAAAGUGACCAGCAGACUGUCAAGGUGUACGACGCAAUCAUAUUUAGUGUGGAACUUGAUCUGUUACAAGUCCGUAUACGAGAAUUAUGGGAUGUAGUGGAUAUGUUUAUUAUAUUGGAGUCCAAUGCAACAUUUACGGGUAAAACCAAACCUUAUACGUAUAAUGAAAACAAGAAAGAUUUUGAAUUUGCGGCAAGUAAAAUCCAUCACGUUAUGAUCGAGCAAUAUGAACUUCCGGAAGGAGAAGGACCAUUUUACAAUGAAGGAAAGAUGAGACAAGCUAUGAAUAAUGCCAUUGUCGAAGCGGGAGUGAAGACAAAUGAUAUGGUUCUUAUGUCAGAUGUGGAUGAGAUUAUUCGUUCGAAAAGCUUAAAUGUGCUAAAGAUGUGUGACGGAGUCCCAAACAAAUUACACUUGCAGUUACGGAAUUACAUGUUUUCAUUUGAAUUUUUUGUUGAUCAAAGUUCAUGGAGAGCUCAUAUUGUUAGAUACACUGCAGGAGAAACAUUUUAUACACAUGGUCAGAUUACCGAGAAUUUAUUAUCAGAUGCAGGAUGGCAUUGCUCCUUUUGCUUUCGUACCAUCAAAGAAUUUCAGUUUAAAAUGAAAAGUUAUUCUCAUUCAGACAGAGUUAGAUAUGAGGGAUUGCUGGAUCCAUCAAGGAUACAAAAGACUAUAUGCGACGGAACAGAUAUAUUUGAUAUGCCACCUGAAUCAUACACUUACAAGGACAUGAUUUCAAAAUUAGGUGCAAUAGAAUCAACAAUGUCAGGUGUAGGUUUACCAUCCUCACUAUUGAAAAAUGCAGACAAAUACAAAUUCUUGCUACCCGGUGGCUGUAUGAGAGAAGACUUUGUUGUUUGAUGACCACAUGAUCUGUGGUAGUUGUCACAAUUUGUAUAACACUGAUUUAAACCCCCUUCUCUCUCUCUUUCUUCUUCUCUUCUCUUCUUUCUUCCU